AUGACGCUCAACCUCAAUGACUUCGACGUUCUAGUAUUUGACAUUGAAGGAACCGUUUGUCCCAUCUCCUUUGUCAAAGACGUUCUCUUUCCGUAUGCACUCGAGGCACUUCCCAAAGUGUUGGAUCAAGAGUGGGAUAGCCCAGAGUUCGCAAAGUACCGCGAUGCCUUUCCCGAAGAGUAUCGCAACUCGCGCUCUGACUUUGAAGCGCACGUCCGCGACCUCGUGAAGCGUGAUGUCAAGAUCGCCUAUCUCAAGUCGCUCCAGGGUUAUUUGUGGCUGCAAGGCUACAAGUCGGGCAACAUCGUGGCGCCCCUCUUCCCAGAUGUUGAGCCCUUCUUCAGCGAGGCCACCCAGGCUGGAAAGAAGAUCAUCAUCUACUCGUCCGGCUCAGUCCCCGCGCAGAAGUUGCUCUUUUCACAUACCAACUCCGCCAUGUCAGAUAUGACGCCUCUUAUCGCAGACUACUUUGAUACCACUAAUGCGGGCCCCAAAACCGAGGUUGAUAGCUACGCGAAGAUCAUUUCUGAGCACCCGGAGCACAAGGACGUCAACCGAUGGCUUUUCCUGAGCGACAAUAUCAACGAGGUCAAAGCUGCUGUUGGGGCUGGUAUGCGCAGUCUGCCCGUUGUUCGUCCCGGUAAUGCGCCCUUGCCGCCAGACGAACCUCUGUCCAAGCUCGCCAUUACCGAGUUCAAGCACUCAGAGGUCGCUUCUUUGGGAGUAUGA